AUUGCUGCUCCCAUCCGGCGCAAGUUAGAACGCUCCCCAUCUACGCAUUUGUUCCCAAUUUGCACUGUCUUCGUACCCGGCGAGAACGAUGCAAGCCGUAUCGAGGCGAUUAGGGCACCGAUCUUUGCAGUCCUCAACUGCAAUUUGCUCUCUCAAAUCCAUCUACCCGCUCUCGGAUCAUCAGUAUGGAGCUGAUCAUCCCCGGUAUGCAUUUACACUUGCCACCAAAGGUGCGGGGCAUAUAGUUCGCAAGGGCACUGGUGGGAGAUCUUCUGUCAGUGGCAUUGUAUCUACAGUUUUUGGGGCGACUGGGUUUCUUGGGCGCUAUGUUGUGCAACGGCUUGCUAAAAUGGGGUCUCAAGUAUUGGUGCCUUUUCGAGGUUCUGAGGAUUCACCUCGUCAUCUCAAAUUGAUGGGUGAUUUGGGACAGAUAGUUCCGAUGAAAUACAACCCAAGAGAUGAAAAUUCUAUAAAAGCCGUAAUGGCAAAGGCUAAUGUUGUUAUUAAUCUUAUUGGAAGGGAAUAUGAAACCCGGAAUUAUAGCUUUGAGGAAGCAAACCAUCAUAUGGCAGAACAUCUUGCAGUGAUUGCCAAGGAACAUGGUGGUAUUAUGAGAUUUAUACAAGUUUCUUGCUUGGGGGCAUCUGCAUCUUCUCCAUCCAGGAUGCUAAGAGCUAAAGCUGCUGCAGAGGAAGCUAUCAUGAGAGUAUUACCAGAGGCCACAAUAAUGAGACCUGCAGUAAUGAUUGGUACAGAAGAUAGGAUACUAAACCGGUGGGCACAGUUUGCAAAAAACUAUGGCUUCCUUCCACUCAUUGGGGAUGGAGCUACAAAAAUUCAACCCGUGUAUGUUGUUGAUGUUGCAUCUGCAAUUGUUGCUGCCUUAAAAGAUGAUGGCACUAGCAUGGGGAAAUUGUACGAACUUGGUGGACCAGAAAUCUUCACUGUGCAUCAACUGGCAGAGCUUAUGUAUGACACGAUUCGUGAAUGGCCUCACUAUGUUAAAGUUCCUUUCCCCAUUGCUAAGGCAAUUGCAACUCCUCGUGAGAUGUUUCUCAAUAAAGUACCCUUUCCACUGCCAACCCCGGCUAUAUUCAAUCUAGAUCUGAUCAAUGCCCUUACUCAAGAUACAGUUGUAUCACCAGACGCCUUAACUUUUGAAGAUCUUGAUAUUAUGCCACAUAAGCUGAAGGGAUAUCCUGUCGAGUUCCUUAUCCAAUACCGAAAGGGUGGGCCACAAUAUGGCUCUACUGUCAGUGAAAAAGUAACACCAGAACCAUGGCCAUAAGUUUCUUGAUUUUGUGUUUCUUCAUAAAUUGACACCCACUUGGAAGCCUUUAAGUAGGUACGUUACCAUUUCUUUAUCAUGUAAACAUUUCCCAGAGUAAACCUUCUAUUUUCACCUGUUCUCGAGAGUAUAUUUCUUGACUUUGUUAAGUGGAUUCUUAGCUUUUACAUUCACAAAUGGGCUAGCCUUUGACCCAUAGGUUUCCAGAGAAUGUGGAUUUCCGUUGAGGCCAAAGCAGCAAGAAUAAAGACUGGACAAUCCUCCCUCAUUCGUUGCAUCUUGUAAUUUUGAGAAUUAUGCUCUCUUCCCCUAGUGUUACGCUAGGAAGAUGGCUGGUGAUUUGUUUUGGCUGGCUGUUUGAACCUUGAUUAAAUACAAGUGAAGGACAAUUUGUUCU